AGUUAGAUCCACACACUUUGCUGACCAUUGUAGACCUGCUUUGCCAUUCUCGCGCAAAAUUUUUGACAAAAGCAGUGCUUACCGCCUGAACAAGCGCCAGACUCUGAUCAACAGCAUGGUGCGGGUAUUCACUGAUCGGGGGCACUAGCAUCAACUUGAACUAAUAGAGUAGCAGUCAUCCACAGCGGAGUGCACUGCUCGACCAGUAGUGGAGCACUAAUCGCUCAGUAGUGGAGCAUUUUUUGCCCACUGAUGGAGCACUAAUCGCCCAGUGAUGGAGUACUAAUCACACAGUGAUGGAGCACUAAUUAUCGACCGACGGAGCACUAGUCAUCCAAUGUCCACCCACCCACCAUAGAGCUGCAGCCGAUCAAGACGCUACCUGUACCUGUACUUCCUCCAUGAUGGCUGGUCGCUCCAUAACUAUCUACAACUAGAAGACUUGUGGAUAACCGAUGGAGAGGCAACAGAAAACAUGGACGCCGACGGCUUGUGCCUGGUAAAAUGCCGACCGACUCCACAUGAACACACGGCUGUCCUCAGAUGCACGAAUCAGCGUCACCAUUAAGAUUCUUUUCAAACUUGACAAGCAUGACUAGAAAGAAAAGCCACACUUGUCAUUACAAUUUGUUCAAAAAUAUAUGACAGAUGUGACUAAGGGAAGAGGCCACAACUGUCCACUCAAAAUCAUGCAUCGUGGUCCGUAGAUUACACCACGAGACCACUUUCAAGAGUGUCAUCAAGAAGGUCCGUAGAUUACACCACGAGACCACUUUUCAAUCCUGUGCAAGAUCAAGGCAACUUGGUCAAGAGUGCAGAUUUAUCUCCCAUGAAGAGUUAUGCGUGUGCUGAUAGUACUACUAUCCAUCACUCCAAGACUCUAGCCAAGGUAAAAAAAAACAAGUCUGCUCCCCAUGAGAUCACUGCAAAAAAAAACAUUCUUUAUGUGGUGAGUAUCAUCGUGUAGAAGUAUGCAUAUACCAUAUGUAUACUCAAUAUGCAUCAAAAAAGACUGCUCUUCAUGUGGUGCCCUCCUUGUUUCUUUGAAAAUAGCGAUGGAGGUAUAAGCAUGAAUAUGAAUGAGAUAAAUUAAUGAUAUAAGUCAUGAAGUUUUUCUAUAUGAUAAAAGUGAAAACUAUUUAUGAGCGGGCUUCUAGUGGUUAUUACCAUCUUACUUCUACUCCUCUGAUAAUCUCCCACACCUCCGCGAAGAAGCCCUGUGGGUUGAAGAACUAACGAAACGUCCGACAAAGCGAGCACAAGCAAACACUUUGGCGGACAAUUAUGGGUAGUGUCUCUGCAUGUGCGACCGCGUCCUUUAUGGGAGUACUUAUGUGUCUGACUAUGGCCUAGGUGAGGCAAAUUUUUCUUAAUCUAAAGGUAAAGACGCGGCAUCUAGAUUACGCUAUCUUGAAUCGAAGAACCUACAAGAUGGUAAUCAGUUUGACCUGAGACAAGCUACCAAGCAUUAUAUAGAUAUUUAUAGUCCCUGCCUCGUCCUACAAAAUCUACCAGUAAAUAACCUACCUACCAAUCUCACUAGUCUGUCUAUCCUCAGCCAUCCUCUUAUACAAAGCAGCUAGCCGCGACUCCUCCUCGCAAGGGGUUGGUCGGAGAGGCGUCAUGAGCUGAAACCCCCAACCGUGCGCAGUGCGAUGCUGUCUCCUGUGACCAGGAGGCGUCUGCACUGACGGGGGUGGAACCUUAUCCGGAGUGCAGAACCGCUCUAACUGGUGCGGUCACGUAUCUAAGUGCCCCUUAUACUUGCCGUGACGUCGUAACCAUGGAGAGUAAUAACCUGACGGCUUUGGCUUAGGACCAAUAAGCUUAGGCUUGGACCUAGAUUUUCUACUGGUAGAACCAACGACACCCGCAGCCCUAGGUGAAUUAUAAGACAUCCCCGCCCCCAUCACACUAGAUGAAGGCCCACAGUUAUCCCUUUCGACUUCCUUUCUAAAUGGAGCACUAGCCCGCCUCGGUAGAGUCUUCCGUUCUGUUCGUCUAAUAUUCUCACGCGGAGCAACUACGAUAGGACUGCCAUCGGAAGACGAAGACAGCAUGACGAUGCUACCUAUGUGCUAUGGCACAGUAAUCAUUAAGAAACACUAGAUGAACCAAGAAGAUUGCUAGACUUCACCCCAUCAAAGUUCUAGUCUUUCACCUCAAAGAAGUGCAUCCGAACCAAAAAACAAAUUUAGUU